AUGCUUCCCGCAGCACCGGGCGGGGUGUCCUGUGAGGUCACGUGUCCCGCCGAAUCGCUCGUGACGGCCCGAGUUGAGCUGCCUCCCGUCCCAGAAACCUGCCUGUGUGGCCUUCCUUGGGGGUCAACGGGUGCUGUUGCGCCACAGGCUCGUGUUGUGGACACGCCCCGCAACACGUCUGGCACGCGUAUUCCAGAGACCCACGUUGAAUCGCUCGCGACGUCUGCGUUCAACAUGAGCCAGAGGUUGCGCGGGCUGACGCUGUCGGGUCCGGCGCUGCUCACGUCAUGGAACAGCAAAGUCGUGCCGCGCUUUGCCCACCGCAUCCCCAUCAGGGAGCUGCACCCGUUUCUUGUGGCGGCAAAUGCACGACACGAGCACACGAUUGCUUUUUUCUACCGUGAGCACUGCACCCACUCCCUCAUGCGCGCACCGCUCUUUGCCGCUGUGCAACCAUUUGUUGCAAACGUCAACUACCUCUGGGUCGACGUCGGCGCGCCCUCAAACAUUCUGGACUGGAGGAGAUACGAGCUGACACACACGCCGACAAUUAUCGUCUUCCGCAACAGCUCCGUCAUGCACACGUUCCCAGACCCAACGACAACUGAGUUUGGGUCGCUGCUGUUUUUCAUCAUGAAACUGACUGGGGUCAGCGAUGCGAUGGAUGGACACAUGGACCCGUCCUUUAGCUGUCCAAUUCCAGACCACACGCACCCAAUAUGGAAGCCACUUCACCGCAGCGUCCAAGAGUUUCAAGAUGCAAUGGGCCUGCGCGACACACAGGCGGAAGAGCUGAUGCUGGGCGAUUUGCAGACAUUCAUCGACCUUGGCCUGCAGCUUGCAACGCGGGACUCGCGGCUGGACCUUGUGCUGAGGUACCUUGCCAUCCUGGACCAGGUGCGCGUGUGGGAGGAUGAGCACUCCUUCGACGACGCCGCCCUGUACGUGUCACGCUACUGUAGCGGCGGCACGUCGGCGAUGCUUGCGGCGCUUGCGGUUGUGCUGGCGAUGCUGGUGACGCGGUACACGGCAGACCCUGUUGAAGAGCACCACCGACGACAGCGGCGCAGGGCAAGGAGGGCGAUGAUGGCGCGGCUUGGACGCAUCCCGCCCCUGCUGCUCCAGAACCCGGGCCUUGCUCCUGCUGGUCCUGUGGCGGUUAUUGCGCUCGUUGUUGUUGCCGCCUCGUUUGUUGCACCAACGACUGCGUCAUCGCCCUCCAUUGGCAACAACAACAACAGCAAGGAUGGCACGAAGAACAAGAAAGAAUUGAGCUGGAUUCCGACGUCAGACACGUGUCGGCCAACGUACUUUGUUAUGGGUGCCCGCAAAGGGGGAUCGACCUCCUUGUAUCACUACCUCAAUGCCCAUCCCAACAUCAAGCCCUACAGCAUGAGCCGGCGGAAAACAGCGCCGUCUUAUGGAGAGGUUCACUUCUUGCACAAGGCGCAUUAUUCGCUCCAGCAAUACAAUAACAAGUUCCCCCACCUCAAGCCAGGUGAGAUUACGGGUGAGUCUUCUGUGAGCACACUGGUGAGCUAUGCUGCGCCAAACCACACGAUGCACUUUUGCGGCCCCAAAGUCAAGUUCCUCGCCAUCCUGCGCGAGCCGGUGGCUCGCAUGCACUCCCAGUAUCUGAUGCGCAUCCGCCUUGGAUCACGGCUGAAGCCCACCGUUCCCUUCCGCACGUGGGCCAUCAAGGAGCUGCAGCGGUUUGAGCAGCGCGUUAUUGCGUCUCCAAAUUGGAUCGACGGUUUCGAAGUCAAAGCACCGCUGUUUGGGCCGUCUGGCAACGGGUUGUAUGAGGGGCUGUACUCGGUGCAUCUCCGCCACUGGUUCAAGCGCUAUCCGCGCGACCAGUUUCUGCUCUUCAUCUACGACCACUUUUUCAAGCACCCGUCAGGCCACUUGAAAGAGGCGUAUCGCUUUCUUGGAAUGGAUGACUCUGUUGUGCGGUGCAGAAAGGUGGUGCAGCGGCGGUUCAAUACGGCGUCGGAUAACGUCCGCGUCAACUUCACAGAGUCGCACAUCCAUCAGGUGGAUGCGCACACGGACGCGCAUCUGAAGAAGUUCUUUGAGCCAUACAACCGGGACCUCGAGGCGCUACUGAACAUCACGCUGCCGUCGUCGUGGUUUGCACUCGAUGAAACGGCACUCCACCCGGAUGGGUUGCAGCCGUUUGACCCGAACAAGCAGGAUGAUGAUGACGAUUAUGAAGACGAUGAUGAUGACAGUUUGAAGCAGAUACAGGCGCCCACAAGUGAUGAUGACGAUGAUGACAACAAUGUUGGUGGUGGUGAUGAUGAUUACGAUGAUGAUGCUGCUGAUGACGAUGAUGCCAGCAGCAGAGGUCUCGUUCGCGGCCCGGGCGAUGUUGAUGACGACGAUGAUGAUGGCGGUGCAUAG